AUGGAUGUCAUCUUUGAAACCCAAAAAGGCAAACCAUUUUCCAUUGAAGUUGGUUUCUUUGAUACUGUUCUUGAAAUCAAAGAAAAGAUUCAUAAAUACCAUGGUAUCCCUAUCCCUCACCAAACCCUAAUCUUUAAUGGCCAUGUCCUUCAAGAUGAUCGUGACGUUGAGUACUGUGAAAUCCUUCAAAAUUCCCGUAUCCAACUCUUGGUUUCUUCUGAUUCCGAUACAAGUAACAGUACUAAACAACCCCAACCAAAUGCCGCCGCCGCCGACCAUCAACUUCCUUCGCCGGCCAAGAAGAUACAGCUUAACAGCAAUACCCCUUCGUCGAAUACCGUUGUUCCUUCAGAAACGGACGUAAACUACAACCCUUUACGAUUAAAAGAGAAGAUCCAUGGCCAAAUGGACCCGGUUCCCGUUGACAGCCUAUCGUCACGGGAAUGUGAACUGGCGGAGAAUAGUGAUGUUGAUGUUAAUAUAAAGCCAUCCCCGACCGGGUCCGGUACCGGGUCUGCGGGUACAACGGCGGGGACUCCGACGGCGGCGAAGAAACUGAAGCUGUUGGUUUUGCCAAAGUGUGGGACGAAGAAGAUACCGGUGGAAGUGAAUGCGACAGAUAAUGUGAGUGAACUGAGAAAAGAACUGCAAAAGUUGCACCAGAGACUCCAUUUUCAAUUACCACAAGAAGGGUAUUUCUUUAUUUAUAAACAAAAUGUUAUGGACGAUGAUCGGUCGUUUAGGUGGCAUCAAGUUGGACAAGGUGACACCAUUGAAAUCUUUAAUGGUAGUGUUACUGGUGGAUCAUGA